ACUUGCAUCAAAAUGCUGGUGCUGGGUUUGUUAAUAACUAAGCUAGCUAGCACGUGUUGGGUAUUAGAUGGUAAACAUUCUUUAGAAGACUAUAGAAAACAUAUAACUGGGUAUGUUUAUGUUUGUCAGAUAUGUGAGCAGGGAUUGAGCGUUUAAAUAUAUACAUUGAGCAUUUAUAUUUCAUACUGAGGGUUGAUAUGUUGGUCAGAUUAGCAGUAUUGGAGCUAGCUGCACUCAGACAGGCGGUAAUUUAGUAGUCUAUAGUUAGUUAGAUUAACUAUGUCUCAGCCUGCACUGCUGCUCUUACAGCAGGAGCUAAGGAAAUGCUUCCAGAGUGUUCAGGUGAACAAGGAGGUUUGGAGAUCUGCUCUGGUCGAGUGUUCACCUCUGAUCAGCUCUCUGGGGAACCUGGCCGAGCAGCUGAGGGCGCUGAAGAGUGUAGAUCUAGCCAGCACUCCGCUCUGUCACUUUCCAGAUCUACAACCACGUCUCCAGCACAAGCUGGCACAGGCAGUAGACACUGUCUUAGGGAAAUUAAGUGAAAAAAUAGAAACACUUCAAGGAGUUCGGGAUUCCACAAGUAAGCAGGUGUUUGCAGUUUUCCAGCUGUAUGAGCAGAAUGCAGACUCCCUGGAUCUGCACACUUGUGUUGCCAGAUCUGCCACUUCUCCAUCUAUUGCUGAUAUGUUGGAAUGGCUCCAGGAUGCAGAGUGCUACUACCGUGUUCAAUACAUACAGAGGAAGAACCUGUUGUGGACCUUAAAGCCUGAUGACCUCACACUGAUGGAAGCAGCACCAAAGAGAUGGGCAUCUUUAGAUUCUCCUGAUAAAGAAGAAAGAAUAUCAGAUGCACUUUUUCAAGUGUCCUUCUUCAUGGAGUCGGAGUGAACAGUGUUACUGAGCCGUGUGCUGGCUAACCACUUUCUGCCCAGCUUACGUCACUCAGUUACGAGCACCUGGCUGGAAAAGAAGUGUCACACUUUGCUGUAAUUACCAGACAGAGCCUUAGUAACAUGAGUUUCAGAGAUGUGUCUGGUAAUGUCUGACUCUCAUCUUUGUGUGCUACAAACUUGUGAGCUUGUGAUUUGAGUUUUCAAGAACUUUAGUGCUAAUACUUCAUUCCAUUUAAACUCAGAUCUCGGGAUUUCCGAGUAGGAAAUUUCAACUGGAAUGCCUCAACAAGACUGAUAUCCCUCUUAAAAAGUCAGGAGAGUCGUACAAACUGCAAGUUCAGAAUUCAAGAUGGCUGCAGUGCACAUCAACAACAGGAGAAGCAGCAGUUUUAUACAGUUUUUUUAAUCACUUAUUUAUUUGUGCCUUAUUUAAGUCAGUUCAAAGCAAAAUUCUUUCUAAUCACUUUUGACGACUGGUCUCCCUAACAAUGCCUAGGACAAUGUUAUAAGUGAUACCUGGCUCAUAUUUCUCAAUGAUUUCCCAUAAAACACUGGUAAGUAAUUGUCAAACCAAAGAUAAGUCUAAAAUGUUUUGAAAUAAUGUACACUGAUCUGACUGUUAACCUCUCCCGAUGAUCCCAGUCUUGAUGUCUUGAGGUGUGAAUGCUGCAGAUCUUUCUGGGCUACAGAAGCAUUUGAUGGUAAAAAAAACUGCUUAAAUAAAGGUCUCUUUCCAUCAUUUUUUCAUUCAUUUCUCAUUAAAAUCUCUAGUUGUGGUCUCUAGUAUGAAUAAAUGCCAUGUGAGCAUGGUGCUCUGGUGAUCCGGUACAACGCUGCUUAAUUCCCGUGGAGGAGUUGGGGGAGAAAUUAUAGGAUUUUGGCUCUUGCUCAUGAAUAUUUAUACAUGCAAACAUAUCGCCUCUGAUUGGCUAACAGCACUGCCACACCAACAAGAUGGACAACAUUUUAAAUUAAAGCAAUUUUACACUAAUAACAGUCUUUGCAAUGUCAUAUGUUACUUUACAUGUGUAAUGCCCUGCUAAGUGCAGUUCAGCCACUGACCUAGUCUUAAAAGUGCAAAAUCCAGCGGAGAUCCUAUGUAAACCUAUAGUUACACAUAGAGGUGGGUAGUCCAGGUCCAGAAAGUAAAAAUCUAAAACAAAAUCCUUCAAUCUACUUUCCGGAAUUAAAUAAAUACCCUGGAUAAAUGUUACAAUAUCUUGUACAUUGACACCCUUUUCAUCAACCAGCUGUGCCUGCACUAACACUAAUGUUUUGUAUGUACUGCACCUUUUGUAUGUGUUGCAUUAAUUUAGAAAUUUGCAGCAGAUGCAGGAUAUUAACACUGAGCAAGUACAAACACACAGUUAACAGCAAGUACAUCUGUACCCUAAGAAUGUCAUUAAAGCACUUUAGAGGUUGAUGGACUUGAUAAUGGACUUUUUAUGGAUUUUAAUAAACAAAGAUUGCUUCAUAA